CGUCUUCCUCGCAUCUCAAAAACCCUAAGAUUAUAAACUCUGUUUUUUUUUUUUUUUCUUUUUUUGAAUGUUUACCUUAAACCCUUGAGUCAAAAUAUUCAGAGAAAAAAUCUCUACAAAAGAUGGGUAUCGUUACGCCUUCACUUGUACGCUCUCUUCGCCUCAACGUGUUCGGAAGACCUCGCCUCUCCUCUCUAGUCUACCCUCUCUACCAGAGUGGAAGAAAAGAUGAGAUUACCUCUAUGUGCACGAACAUCCAUCGUAUUUCGACUGUAGCUGAAGCUGAAGUUUCAGAGUUUGAAUGUGAUGAACUCCAUGAUGAUGUCAAAGCAUCAGAAAAAGACACUGCAUUACGUCUAGCUCUCUCACAAGUUGCUAGUGAUUUUGGUAGAGAAUCUAUGUUGUCAUUGCAGAGGUUUUUUAGCACUAGACGUGCACCUGUGAUAUCUACUGGUUCAUUAAAGCUUGACAUAGCUCUUGGAGUUGGAGGAUUACCAAAGGGAAGAAUUGUUGAAAUUUAUGGGCAAGAGGCUUCUGGAAAAACAACACUUGCCCUUCACAUCAUCAAGGAAGCUCAAAAGCUUGGAGGUUAUUGUGCAUAUCUUGAUGUAGAAAAUGCAAUGGACCCCUCUCUCGCAGAAUCAAUGGGUGUAAACACGGAAAAUCUUCUUAUUUCACGGCCAAGUUCUGCUGAAAAAUUGCUAUCUGUGGUUAAUACACUGACCAGAAGUGGAGCUGUAGAUGUAAUCGUGGUUGAUAGUGUAGCUGCCCUUGUUCCCCAAUGUGAAAUUGAUCAAAAGAUAGGUGGCACCACGGAAGAUGUACAAUCACGAAUAAUGACCCAGGCACUUAGAAAAAUUAAUUACUCGUUAUGCCAAUCUAAAACUCUUAUUCUUUUCCUUAAUCAGGUCCGAUUAAGUCCAAGAUCAGGGCGUAUGGAGGAGGUCACAUGUGGUGGAAAUGCCUUGAAAUUUUAUGCAGCUGUACGACUGAAGAUGAUAAGAAAAGAAUUGCUCAAGACUGAGGAUAAGGUAACUGGUCUUGUGGUUUGCGUGCAAGUGGUGAAAAAUAGUCUGGCACCGUCGAUGAAAAUGGCCGAACUGGGGAUACGGUUUGGGAGAGGGUUUUGCUGUGAGUCCGAGGCCUUGGAGUUGGCUUGUGAACAUGGACUCAUUGUCAAAGAAGGAAGUAACUACCUCAUAGGAGGGAAAGUAUUCAGUUACAAACAUGAAGCUGAAAAUUAUCUGGCGGAAAAUGUUGGAAUCCUUGAUAAGAUGGUCAUGAUCUUAAGAAGACAUUUGUUUGAAGGAGGGAGAAAAUCAUGUUAGAUCCUUUAAAUUGAUGAUUUAUACUCUAAUAUGGUAGGUUAGAUGCCGAAAAGGACCAGCAACUUUCCUAAACAUGUGAGCGAUCUGAAGGAUCUUUGAACUUGAGAUUACAAAGUGUCUUCCUCUUGGGGUAGAAAGGUUGCUCUUGAUGUACAUUAAGCAUUUGAGGACCAUAAAUCUCAGAAGACAACCAUAGGAGCUUGUAUGGUUUGGUCUCUUUGGCUGUCUUGUGACUAAAUGUGCUGUGGGUUAAUGCUCCUAUUCUUAGCUUGUUUAUCUUGAAGAGUCAAUGUAAUAAGUCAUAAAAGUUUUGUUGUAAUAUUAUGUACAUGGAAGAACAAUGAAAACAUCUUUGGUAGAUUUUCAAAAUUAUGUAUAUUUAACUCUAUGUUUAAGCUAUUGUUUCUCUAGCAAAAUACUUGUUUGAUUUAAUGAGAAGUUGUUAAUAGUUAAAUCA